GGGGAAUCCUCUCUAAUAAUCUCGCAAUGAACCUCGCGAGGUUCCGUAGCGUUGCAAAGGUCGACGCGACUGUGCUGCAAAAACAGCAAAACCGAAGUUUCUUCUGAAACUUCAAAGUCGCUCCGCCCGGACCGGAGAAACUGGAGCGGCUCGGUUUCAACCCGCAAGCGCCUUAAACUCUGGACGGGACCUCAUCGCAAGAAAAACUCUCUAAACGCUUAUUUCAACCGGUACCUUUCUUUAGAAAACGUUUGCAAGCAAAUUUACCCCAAGAGUGAAAUGUCAGAACCGACUGGAAUGAGGAGAGUGGGGAUUGUGGGAUACGGACACCUUGGUCAGUAUCUUGUUGCUAAGAUACAAACAGAAGGGCAGAGUUUGGGAUUCGAAAUAUCUUUCGUUUGGAAUCGGAGUUCGGAGAAGCUAACUGGGAAAAUCCCAGAGGAGCUGGUAUUAACCGAACUGGGAGAUUUUCACCAGAGGAAGUCGGAUUUAAUCGUGGAAGUCGCGCACCCGCAGAUUGCAAAGGAUUAUGGGACAGCAUUUUUGACACACAGCGAUUUUAUGAUUGGUUCUCCCACAGCUCUUGCUGAUCCCGCUCUGGAAACCCGGCUGCGUGACGCCGCAAAGCAUCAUGGGAACACGCUCUACGUGCCCAGCGGUGCAUUCUGGGGAGGGGAGGACAUCCAGAAAAUGGCUGCCGCCGGCACUCUGAAGGCUCUCAGAGUGACGAUGUCAAAGCACCCUUCCUGUUUUCGUCUCUCCACCCCCCUCCCUCCUCUCGGUUCUGGUUCUGGUUCCAGAACAGUUCUGUUCAGCGGUUCAGUGCGUGACCUUUGCUCUAUUGCCCCCAACAACGUGAACAGCAUGGCUGCCGCGGCGAUGGCAGCCCAUAAUUUGGGAUUCAGUGGAGUCACGGGCUGCAUUGUAUCUGACACGGAUUUGACAGACUGGCAUGUGGUUCUGGUUGAAGUUACUGGACCGGAGUUCGAAGGUUCUGGUCGGAGUUUUACUGUGAAAACCGAGAGACGAAACCCAGCCAAACUGGGAGCUGUAACUGGGAACGCGACUUACCAGUCCUUCUGGAGCAGCAUACUGGUGUGUAAGGGUCACGGAGGGGUCGUGCAUCUCUGCUGAAUCUCAAUCCGCGUCAAACUGUGACGUUGUGUCCCUUAGAUCCAGGAGUCUGAUCGAGGGGAUCAAGUAAUCAAUAAUAAACGAGAUCCAGAGACAGAGUUCUGUGUUCAAUACAAGCCUCUACAGUGCACUGAUUCCAUGCACUACACUGUGAUCCAAGACCACAGCCAAAGAACUACAGCUCCCAGCAUCCCUCACCACGGCCGCGGGUGCUGAGGCAUGCUGGGAGCUGUAGUCCUAUAGCCAGGGGCUGUCCCGAUUCACAAUAACUAGGGCAGAGCAGCUCCAGAACUCAACAGUCAAAGCAACAAAUUAAAAAAUAAUCAAUAUAAAUUAGCCAGUAAUUCCAUGACUGACCACUAGAUGGCAGUACAAUACAAUGCUAUGAUAGACACUGAGAGAGACUUCUAGUCACGAGUCACUGA